CAAGCGCUGGCGGCGCGGCUGCAGCAGGUAACGCUGCCCCUGAUCUCCCAGCGCCAGUGCACGCAGUACUGGGGCAACCGGAUCACCAGCUCCAUGCUCUGCGCCGGCGGGGCUGGCGCCUCCUCUUGCCAGGGUGAUUGUGGUGGACCUCUGGUGUACCGGAAUGGGGACAGCUGGACCUUGAUCGGCAUCGUCUCCUGGGGAACCACCAACUGCAACGUCCGUGCGCCGGCCAUCUACACCCACGUCAGCCAGUUCCGAAACUGGAUCGACUCCGUUGUCACUCAGGGAUGA